AUGGUCAAGAAUAUUAGCAAGAUACCGCGUUCAACCCAGGAACAGUUGUGUGACGAUGAUAUUGAAUCGCCAGCGGCUGGAAAUCUUGGGCCAGGAUCUGAUACGACAGCACUAGUGUCUGAGCUUCCGGACGCCAAGUCGUGGAAAGAUUAUGUUCAUCAGUACUGGAAUGCGAAUCCGGACUACCACCAGUAUCGCGCGGGAGUUGACAUGCUUUCACAUGAACGAAAAGUUCAUCGCUCGCGCCUCUCCAGGAUGAAGAUCAUCGCCGAGUUCAUUCGCGAACAGUACGACGAUGACCAAGACAAGUUCGAGAAGCACUUCACAACCUUCAUUGGCGAGGAACUCACCGUCAACAAGAUCCUUGCAGCAGUUCGUAAGCUUCAUAAGCGAAGGUGA